GGUACCCCACCAAACUGUCUUGAGACUGAUGAAUGUGAAUCAUCUCCGUGUCAAAAUGGAGCCUUGUGUUAUGACCAAGACAAUUCAUUUACCUGCAUUUGUGCUCCAGGAUUUACAGGAAGCAACUGUGAAACCAACAUUGAUGACUGCUUAUCGGAUCCUUGCCAGAAUGGAGGAACUUGUGAGGAUGGAAUAAACUCUUAUUCAUGUCAGUGUCUACCAGGUUUUGAGGGAGACUAUUGUGAAGAUAACCGUGAUGAGUGUGCCCUUAAUGUUUGUGUUCAUUACCAAAAUUGCCAUGAUCUGGACUACAAUACCAUUGGUGACUAUGAAUGUGAGUGUGAGGCUGGAUGGUCUGGGAAGAACUGUGAUGAAGAAAUAGAUGAAUGUGCCUCAUCCCCGUGCCUUAAUGGUGCCUCUUGUAAGGACCGAGUCAAUGGCUUUGACUGUACUUGUCCUCCAGGAUUUACUGGAGAGACGUGCCAGACAGACAUAGAUGAAUGUGAAUCAAAUCCGUGCCUUAAUGGAGGGACAUGUUCUGAUGGUGUAAACAAUUAUGUGUGUGAGUGUGGAGAGGAUUACAUGGGCAUCAUCUGUGAAGAGGAGUAUGAUGCUUGUGCUUCAAACCCAUGUCAGAACUCUGCCUCCUGUAUCCCCUCUCUAGGACCUCAAGACUUUUACUGUGAAUGCAUUCCAGGUUUUGAAGGAUUGUACUGCAGUAACAAUAUCAAUGAUUGUUUUGAUGUGACGUGUUCUGAUGGUAAAGUUUGCUACGACAUGGUGAACAGUUAUGAGUGCCGCUGUCCAGAAGGCUUCACGGGGGAAAACUGCUCCAUCAAUAUAGAUGAGUGUGAGAGUAAUCCUUGUCUCAAUGGAGGAGAAUGUCAUGAUGGAAUGGCAAACUAUAGCUGUGUCUGUCCUCCAGGUUACACAGGACAUAACUGUGAGGAGGAUGUAAAUGAGUGUGAGUUGUUACGUCCUUGUGUUAAUGGUAUCUGUGAGAACACCAAUGGAUCAUACCAAUGUUACUGUCGCCCUGGAUUUUCUGGUGAUCACUGCAACCUGGAAUUUGACGAGUGCCUUUCUCGACCUUGUCGCAAUAGUGGUACUUGCAUCAACAGAAUUAAUGGUUAUGAGUGUGUGUGUCAACCUGGCUUUACUGGCACUGACUGUGAUAUUGACAUUGAUGAGUGUGCAAGUGCCCCCUGUCAAAAUAAUGCUACCUGCUAUGACGGUAUUGCCACCUUCACUUGUGAGUGCCUGCCUGGCUUUACUGACAAGCUUUGCUCCACCAAUAUUGAUGAGUGUGAGUCCGACCCUUGUAUGAAUGAGGGUGUGUGCACUGAUGGCAUCAACCAGUACACAUGUAACUGUAGUGACACCGGCUUCAAAGGACCACAGUGUGAGAUAAAUAUUGAUGACUGUGAGUCAUCUCCCUGCCAGCACGGAUCAACUUGUUCCGACCUUGUAAAGGAUUACGAAUGCCUCUGCUAUAAUGGUUAUGCAGGGAAGGACUGUGAGGAGGACAUUCAAGAAUGUGCAAGUUAUCCAUGUCUUAACGGUGCUACUUGUCUGGAGCGCAGCAACUUGACCCUUUAUGAAUUAGACAUAUUCUCCAACUUUACCUAUGAAACUGCUGGAGGUUUUGUAUGCGAGUGUAUUCCGGGUUUUACAG